CCCAUUUCCUCUCCGAAGACCAAUCAGCAGCGUGAGAGAGGGCACGCAUGCUGGGGAGGAAAGACCGAACCUCGGUUACCGCAGCAACAGUCGGAACAGGCCCUUGAAGCGGUCUAGCCUGCCUACGGUCCCGAAGUCUUCAGGUUUCUCGGAUGAGAAAACCAAGGCCCAGAGACAUGUCCAAGGUCCAACGGCAGUUUGGUUGGUGCUGAGCUCCGAGGGCUUCCUUCUUGGGGUUUCUGGCCUCCCCCCUCUAGGAGGCCAUGGCUGAGGUCCACGUAAUUGGGCAGAUCAUUGGGGCGAAGGGUUUUUCUGAAAGCAGCCUCUUCUGUAAGUGGGGUAUCCAUACAGGGGGGGCGUGGAAGCUGCUGUCCGGUAUCCGGGAGGGCCAGACGCAAGUGGACACCCCUCAACUGGGCGACAUGGCCUACUGGGCUCAUCCAAUUGACCUGCAUUUUGCCACCAAAGGCCUCCAGGGCUGGCCUCGCCUUCACCUGCAAGUGUGGUCUCAGGACAGCUUUGGGCGCUGCCAGCUGGCCGGCUACGGCUUUUGCCACGUCCCCAGCAGCCCCGGGACCCACAGCAUCGAGUGUGUGACCUGGCGCCCCUUGGGUGGCUGGCGGGAGCAGCUGGCGAGGGCCUUCGUGGGUGGCGGGCCGCAGCUGCUGCACAGCGACGUGGUGUACAGCGGGGCGGACCGGUACCGGCUCCACACGGCCUCGGCCGGCACCGUGUACAUGGAGCUCAACCUGAUCCUGAGAAACUUUGGCCGCUACGGGGUGGAGUGCUGAGCCAGGCCGGCCAGGCCGGAGCUAAGGAAAUACAGAAAUGGGUGUCUUCUC